AUGCGCUUCUCUCACUUCUCAACCUUUGCCCUUAGCGGCUUGUCCAUUGCCAGUCCCGUUCUCUCAAAACGUGUGGAUGCUGUCAGUCUUCUGACUGACCUCUACGCCACCGUUCAAAUCUACACUGGGGCUAUCAAUGCCACUCUUGCCCCUCUCUCCGCUUCCUCUCCUCUCCUCGAGAAAACCGCCGCAACGGCCGAAGUCGGCGCCCAAAUCAACUUCAUCACAGCCGCGGUCACAGCGACCACCAACGAGAUUAAAUCGCUCUCGCCCGCCAACUCAACUUCGGAAAAGCGCUUCGUAGACACCACCCUCGACAUCGAUUCUCAGCCCAAGGAAAAGCGUCAACUUGUCGCUGUAGGUGCACUACUUGCACUCAUCAUCGUCGAGAUCUUUGCUACUAUUACUACUGCGGUCGCCAUCCUGGGGCUUGCCGGACUAUUGAUAUUCCUGAACCCUUUGACGGGUGCCAUAUCGGCGCUCAUCCUUGCGGUCGAGCUGGUGCUAAACGUGGUUCUCAUUGGUGUCAUCGCGCUACUGGACUCCCUGCUUACGGCGCUGGCUCUAGGUGUUUCUGGAUUGUAAACUGCAACCGCUGAUGUGGGACUGGACGUCGCGGGAAACGACUUGGUCGCAAAGGACAUGUCGAGUACUUUCGGGAAUCUAUUCGCGAUAUUCCGG